AUGGCGGAGAUCAUCCCGGUGACAGAAUUCCCCGACUACGCCGUCGACCCGACCGGCGGCGACCCCCUUACCCAUGAUCUUAACGCUCCCUAUGACAAGGGCGACCUUUGCUGGGUUUUGGUCUGCACAAUCUUCUGCUGGCAGAUUACGCCAGCCAUUGGCUUCCUUUAUGCGGGAAUGCAUCGUCGAAAGUCAUCUUUGACGAUGAUCUUGCAGUCUCUCUUCUGCGCAUGUGCAUGCGGCAUCCAGUACUGGCUUUACGGAGCUUCGUUGUAUCAGUCAAGGGUAUCAAAUCCGAUCUUGGGCGACUUAUCUGUUGGCGUGUUCCACAAUAUCCUUGCCUCCCCGUCUUUCGCCAACUCUGAUAUUCCAGACAUCCUCUAUGCUGCGUUCGGAUUCACCUUUGUUACGGCCACAGCAAUGAUCUUGGCCGGCGCGAUGCUGGAGCGCGGUCGUCUGUGGCCAAGCAUGCUCUUUCUUCUCUGCUGGACAACGUUUGUCUACUACGUUUUGGCACACUGGGAAUGGAAUCCCAGUGGUUGGCUCUACAACCUUGGCCUCUACGACUUCGCCGGCUCUGGCCCCGUUCACAUUGCCAGUGGCUUCGGAUCGCUUGCAUGGUCUAUGAUGCUCGGCCCGAGACUGAGUGACGACGCAGUAACGAGGAAGAAGUACGCGCCGCACUUCAAACCGCACAACCCGUUGUUGAUGGUUCUCGGAACGGUUCUCAUCUGGUUCGGGUGGUUUGCUUUCAACGGCGCCAGCACGGCCAACCUAAGUCUCCGAUCCAUCUAUGUCGUCGUCAACACGAAUUUCGCUGCCUGCGGUGGUGGGAUCACCUGGGUCUUGCUCGAUUACUUCUAUAUCAAGAAGUUUAGCCUUGUUGGAUUCUGUUCCGGCAUCAUUGCUGGCCUGGUUGGAAUCACGCCGGCUGCAGGCUUCGUGCUCGUGUAUGUCUCGCCGCUUGUUGGCGUUCUGACGGCCAUCUGCUCGUACUACACCGUCAAAUACCAGUAUCUCUUCCGUGUCGACGACGGACUCGACAUCUUCGCAAUUCAUGGCGUCGGCGGUUACGUUGGCGAUAUCCUCACCGGUCUCUUCGCUCACAAGAUGGUCCCCGCACUUGAUGGUGUGAGCAACACCUACGACGGCGGUUGGUGGAACGGCAACUUUCGCCAACUGGGUCUGCAGCUUGCGGGCGGAACAACUUGCGCUGCGUGGUCUUUCUUCGUAUCCUGCAUCUUGCUGUUCGUCAUCAACAAGAUUCCUGGAUGCCAUCUCCGCGCCACCGAGGAAGACGAGAUUCGUGGUCUUGAUUAUGCUUACAUUGAAGAUGCCAUCUCGGAUUACGAUCACGGCGACCUCUUCAUUCAUAACGGGCAGGUGGUUGACUCGCCUCCGAGGGAGACGAGCGUGUCCAAGAGCGCAUAG